CUGAAACCAUAUGUUAUAUAAUUAGUUGAUAACCUUACCACAUAGACCAUUGAAAAUUUCUUCAUUUUUUUCCUUUAAAUUCUUUAAGAGAAGAAAAAAAAAAUGAGCAAAAAAAUUUCUUCAGCAUCAGCCAGGUCUCAUACUAGAAAAAAUAAACAGAUGAAGAGUUCAAUUCCACUUCAUUCAGGGAUGUUUGGGAAAAUUGUAGCAGUCGUCUUUGUGGGGUUCGUGGCAUAUGCUUAUCGAGCAAUGCAGCCUCCUCCAUCGAAAAUUUGUGGCGCCCCUGAUGGCCCUCCUGUUACAUCACCUAGAGUUAAACUUAGCGAUGGACGAUACUUAGCUUACAAAGAACAUGGUAUACCAAGAGAUCAAGCAAAACAUAAGAUUGUGUUCAUCCACGGAUAUGAUUCUAACAGACACGAUGCUGUUGUUGCAACUGGCCUCUCUCCGGAGGUUAUUGAGAACUUAGGAGUAUACAUUGUUUCAAUUGAUAGACCUGGUUAUGGAGAAAGUGAUCCUAAUCCGAAACGAACAGUAAAAAGCUUGGCGUUUGAUGUACAAGAACUUGCUGAUCAAUUAGGGCUCGGGUCCAAAUUCUACGUCAUUGGAUUUUCGAUGGGAGGACAAGCUGUUUGGACCUUGCUCAAAUAUAUUCCUCACAGAUUGGCUGGAGCAGCUCUUCUAGCACCUGUUACCAAUUACUGGUGGCCUAACUUCCCCGCGAACUUGUCCAAGGAAGCGUUCAACCAACAGCUUCCUCAGGAUAUAUGGAAUCUUCGCGUUGCUCACUACCUUCCGUGGCUUACAUACUCGUGGAACACACAGAAGUUUUUCCCUGCUUGUAGUGCUGCUGCUUACAACCCCGGUGCUCUUUCGUCUCAGGACCUAGAACUAAUGCCCAAGUAUCGCGCCAACAGAGAUCUUUAUGCUCAGGUGAGACAACAAGGACUACACGAGUCACUCUAUCGCGACCUUAUGAUUGGGUUUGGGACAUGGGAAUUCGACCCUAUGGAUUUGGAAAAUCCGUUUCAUAACAAAGAAGGCUCAGUACAGUUGUGGCAAGGGGACGAGGACAAGCUCGUCCCUGUAACUCUGCAACGGUACAUUGCUCAACGACAACCAUGGAUUCAAUAUCAUGAAAUCGCGGGGGCUGGUCAUAUGUUUCCAGUUCUUGAUGGAAUGGCAGACAAAAUCGUGAAAGCUCUUCUGAUCGGAGAGAAAAACAUGACGUGAGAGUUUCAUACACUAGGUUGUUUUUGUCGCGUUACACUACUAUGCAUAUCAUUUUUAAUACAUCGAUUGUACUUUGAGUAUACCUUUCAUACAACUAGUUUGUCGCAUUACACUAUGCACAUCAUUUUUCAUAGCUAUGCUAUUCUGGCUCUUCAAACAUGCUGACAGGUGCACGUCGAAUUAUACAAAAGUAGUACGUUUUUUAGAUGGUGUGACGAUAUCUUUUAGAGAGUUUGAUUGAUGUAAACGACUAGUCAUUUUUGUAAUAAAGGAAUGUUAAUUUUUAUUGACUAUUUUCAAUGGUUUAUUUUGUGA